AUGGCGGACGGUGACGACGAAAAAUCUGACAAGAAAGACGUCGGAAACGGCGAGAUUCCUCAAAGUAAUGGAAUUGAACCGAUAGAAGACGAUCCAAGUGAUGUAGCAAGCAUUGAGGAUGAUUGCGUUCAAGAAUAUAUGGCGUUAGAUCAAACCAUAGACCAUCUGAACUCAGUGUUGAAUUCCAUGGAAGAGAAAAAUGAUGACCUCUAUGCCAGAGCUUUGGCGCUAAUACAAGACAACAAGGCAGUCCAUGAACAACUUUUACAAGAUAGAAACCAGUCAACUAAUUCAGAAGAGACAGAGAAAAGUUGA